AUAUCGUUAAAUUGCUCACCCUUUUUGUGAGUAAUGAAUUCGAAAAUAAAUAGCCGGCUUGCGAAAAGCCAGUAUUUCAAAAAGUCCUGCGCCUGGUCACACUGUUUUGCACUAAAUAAAUUAGGGGGCGUCUUUAAAUUGCAAAAUUCCUUGCAAAAGCAGUAGAAAAGUGUUUAUAUCUGCAAUAAUUAUAGCUCCUAAGACUAAACGUACUUCUCCGGAGGCUAAUACCCGGAACCACUACUAACCCCAAUUCAAUAAGUGCUUAUCUGUUACCGCAAAGCUGCAUGUGGUACAUACAUCUUUAAAACACAAUGGCUGAGAAGCCGCUGGCCGAGUGUCCGGAUUCCGGGCAGGUCCGCAAGCGACCCCGGCUGGAGGACGAGGAGCAGGAGCUCAAGGUGGCCGGCUUUUCGCUGAGCGCCAUCGAGGAAAUGCGCCAGACCCGGGACAACGAGCUCCAGAACGAGCCCAUGGACCAGCAACUCCGGCAGUUCCAGGUUCUCGACGAAGUCGGCUCUGGCAGCGAUGAGGAGGAUGAGUCAGACAACGCUAGCGAGCAGCAGGGUGGAAGGUAUGGAGAAGGAGGCGACGAGGAGGAGGAGGCGGCCGAAGGUGACGGCGAAGAAUACGAUUCCUCCGAAUUUGAUGAUGAGGAGAUCGAGAACCUGCUGGACGAGAAGCUGCCCGACGAGCUCCGCGAGUCAAAGCAGCCCAAGUACGAGCAGCGUUUCAAGACUGUGCUAGAAGAAAAGCGCCUUAACCACUUUGAAGUCCUACCCGAGGGUUGGGUGCAGGUGACCCACAACAGCGGAAUGCCGCUCUUCUUGCACCGCAAAACCCGCGUCUGUUGCGCAUCGAGGCCCUAUUUUCUUGGCACUGGAAGUGCCCGCAAGCAUGCAGUGCCCUUGGGAGCCAUCCCCUGUCUCAACUACAGGCGGGCUUUGGAGGAGGAGUCGGAGGUGGAGCAGCAAAAAACAGAUGGGGCGCCUCCAGUGGCUGUGUGCCCUGUGACCGGAGCUGCCGCUUUACCGGCUGAACCCAUGGACUUGGAGGGAAAAGAGAACAACGAAGUUAGCUCCGUUCCCAAGUCCCAACCAGAUGGCAUAACUGCCCUUAUGCCAGCUGCCAAAAUUGUCACGGUUAACGAGAAUACCCAAAAGGAAUCCGUAACACCAGAGCAGCUGAACACCUACUGCCAGAAACUCUUCAAAUUCAAGGUGAUUCGUGUGCUGCGAUUUCGGAGUUGGAAUGCUCGCCGCAAGUUCACCAAAAACCGCAAGCACAUCAAGAAUAUCCAACGACCCACGCUGCCGGAUGGCACUAAGCUUAUUAAAUUCCCAAUACUAGCGGCGGCUGGCGAGGGAUCAACAAACCCGCGCGGUCGGAAGGAGUGGAUCAUGAAUCCCAAUGGCAAGAGCUUCGUCUGCAUCCUACACGAGUAUGUGCAGCAUGCUCUGAAAACGCAGCCCACUUAUGAAUUUAAGGAGCUCCAAAAUGCAGCCACACCUUACUCCGCCACCGUAUCGGUAAAUAAUCUCAAGUAUGGAACGGGCUAUGGCACCAGCAAGAAGCAGGCCAAGUCGGAGGCGGCUCGUGAAACGCUGGAAAUACUCAUUCCCGAUGUCAAGGACAAGAUAACGGGCAACAACAAGGACCAAAAGAGCGGCACUGCAAAAAAGGCUCAGAGCGAUCUGUCUGUUUUCGAUGACAUCCGCAUCGAAGAUCCCCGGGUCACCGAAUUUUGCAAUAAGACGACGGAGCCCUCUCCCAAUGCCAUUCUGCUAACUUGUUUGCAGCGCAACUACGGCAGCGAUGUUCAGAUUAGCCAGGAGAUCAACCGCACCGCAAACAACAAGAAUGAGUUUACCAUGACCGUGGGCAAACACACUGCCAAAGUGGUCUGCAAAAACAAGCGGGAGGGCAAGCAAUUGGCUUCGCAAGCAAUCCUUCAGAUUCUCCAUCCGCACAUCCAGACCUGGGGUUCCUUGUUGCGUCUCUAUGGCAACAAUUCCAUAAAGACCUUCAAGGAGAAGAAGCUGGAGGAGCAGGAGAUCACCGUGCUGCAGAGCAAGGCGGCAGUUAAUCAACCCAACUACGCCAUACUGGACAAACUAAAAUCCGAGAUGCUGAAACUGUGCGCCAAGCAGGAGAGCGUCCUAACCAUGGGCACUUUUGUUCCGCCCAGCGACGUCGAUCUGCCCACUUCCUCGGGCUCCAACUUGAACAACGUCGAACUCUGAUUGGGAAACAUACAUUCUCUCUCGCCAACAUUGAUUCUCUAGUAGUGCAUGACAAGCUCCCAGUCUCUCAGUUACCCAGUUCCAUGUUCUAAAAGCUAAUGACUAAUGAGCUAAUGACAACAACGACGCGUUCUCUAGAGGCACACGAACUGAUUUCAAAUCGGCCUUCAUCUAUCUGAACUGGUCAAUAAUGAACAAUUACUCAUGGAGUGGCCUUAACAAGAGGCCAAACAUGAGGAAGAGUUGCGUAUCAAGUGGUUUAACAUUAAGGUAAAUUCAACAUUAAAUUGCCAAAUAUAAGUAGUUCGUGGGGUUCAAUUUCAUAUUAUACAAAUCAUAUAUAAGCUUGAAUAAAGUACUAUCUAAAGAUGCA